CACAGGAUAAGAUUAUAGCAUUUGUUCCUCUCUGGUUAGACAAAUACAGAAGGUUGAUAAGUUGAUAGCAACAAUUUGUACGUUGGUUUCAUAUAAAUGUCUAAACCAGGAAAACUAACAAAUUUAAAAACGAUAAUUCUAUAUCUUCACUUAUGAUCAGAAUAAAUAAACAGCUGAACAUUUACAGUUAUAGUAGUAGUCAGUAGUAGAGAAAGAUGAUAAGACAAUUCUUUCUUUUAAGAAGUCCUUUUUUUUUUCUCUAGGCAAUACCAAUAUUAUUGAUUAACGUGAUUGCGUCCCCUCACUGUGUUCGCGUUCCUGUGUUAGGUUUUGUCAGGUGACAAUGAGUAGCGAUGUAAAAGAAGUUACUCAGUUCUUUGGCCUUCUGAGCCCAACCAAUGUCAGCACUGAGGCGAGCGUCUUCAAUGCCAAUCUUUCUGGUCAGGCCGCCGCUGCGGCUCAAGACUUAGUCGCAGCUCCUAUUGUCAACGGCGACAUCAUCAGUGAGGACACGUCUCUUUUAAUGCAGACUGUGCUGGUCGGCGUCAUCUCCGGAGUCAUCGGAGUCAUCGGCACGGUGGUGAACAUUCUGGACAUCUGCGUCUUUCUAAAGCAGGGAGUGACUGAUUCAGUCACCAUAAGUCUGUUUAGCCUGGCUAUCGCUGAGUUGGGAUCUGAUGUCGCCAUGGUGUGGCUUUCUAUUUGUUUCAACCCUUGGCUGCGUUUCUCUAUAGACCUGUCUUUUGACUCCAUUGACAUCCAGUACACAACAGCGUGCUGGCCUCAUAUAUGCCUGGCAAGAGUUACCAGCUGGAUCACUGCUUACAUUUCUUUCGAGAGGUGCUUGUGUGUGGUUCUGCCCCUCAAGGUCAAGCAAAUCAUCACGCCACAGCGAACCACCGGAAUUAUGAUCACCAUCUACUUCGCCAUGAUGCUCAGUGUCUCGCCCGUUUAUUACGCUACCAGCUUCGGCCCCACCUUCAAACCCAAGAUCAACAGGACCGUCAUAGGACUCAUUUACAUCCCCGGCGGCCCCGCCCUGAUUAAGAUCUCCAACACGGUGGCUCUGUUCACCCAGGUCAGCUCAUUCUUCAUCGUCAUCAUCUGCACAGUCACACUCUCCCAGAACCUGAUGAUGAAAGCAAGAUGGAGGAUGGACGCGGGGAACGUGAAUGCUGCAGGAGGCAAAGCCACGUCAAUGGACCGUGAUCAGAAGGUUGUAAAAAUGGUCACCUUCAUCGCAACCAUAUUCCUUCUCUGCUUCACGCCCUGUGUUUUCCACCUUCUGACGGAACUCUUUAUACCGCAGUACAGCGUGGCGGGACAGUUCAGAAACAGCUACGUCAUCUGCUGGUCCUUUAUGAAGACGUUUGAGGCCGUCAACAGCUGCCUCAGUAUCUUUGUUUACUACAACAUGAGCUCAAAGUUCAGGGCCGUUUUCUUGCAAAUGUUUUGUGGAAAAAGUGCAGACUUGGUGAAACAAAAACUUUAACUUGAGUAGCGAAACAAACAUGAAGCGCACAUAAUUAAAAGUGAUAAAAAAUAAACAUUCCAUUAUGAAUAUAUGUAUAUGGUCUUUGGUCUUCAAUUUUUCACUUAAGACUUUAAUAAUUAGCAGGUUAAAUAAUUUCAAAAACAUGCAUCCAUCAAUUAUAUGGAUACCAGACGUCCUCCUUUCGGCAGGCUUUAUGGCUUUGACUCGGUUAAUACAACGAUUUAUAUUAUCCAGCAAUCCUUUACAUCUUCUGGUUGAAACACGAAGUCACAAAUAAAUUACAGAAAGAUGACAAUUAUUUUGACAACCUUCUUCAGGUACAGGUCUUCGUACUAUUCAAGGCUGUUCAAAUGAAACCUGAUUCUUAGAGUUAUCCCGAGAUCUGGGAUUUUGUUUUUCAUUGUCAUUUCUGGCCUAAUGCUAAUGUUCAAAGUGCGCCUUCACUGACCAACGCAAAGGGGGCAAAGAGAGAAUAGAUUAUCCUUUGACUCACUGAGGGACAUUUUAGACAUAAAAUACAAUCUGAUAAAAUGUUUUACGUGGAGUUGCACAAAUAUUUGCAUUAAUGAACUACUUUGUCUGAGAAAUAUUUUAUUUAAUAUAUACAAUUUACAUUAUUAGAUUUUCUGACAUGUUACAUUACAAUACUUAACUCUUUCUCUCCUAAUAAACGAUAACAUCGUUGAUUUAACCCCAUUAAAUUCAAUUUUUGAUUUUAUAAACUUUAAUUUUGUGUUUUAUAAAAAGAGCAUACAUUCUCCUAUUAUUCUA